CAUGUUCAUCCCAAGCAUCAAUCUCUAUACAUACUGUUGUAGGAGAUCACCUUCGUUCUAUCUGCUCUCGUAGUUCAAAUUAAGCCAAGAAAAUGUCGACCACCAUCGAAAUCUCAGAGAAAAGCCACGUGGCAGGCAAAGCAAAGGCAGCCAUGUCUGUAGCCCCACGUGAGGGAGCAGGAUGGAAGAAAGGGAUAGCCAUAAUGGACUUCAUUCUGAGGUUGGGCGCCAUAGCUUCUGCUCUGGGUGCCGCGGCCGCCAUGGCAACUGCUGAUCAGACACUUCCUUUCUUCACUCAGUUCUUCCAGUUUGAAGCCGGCUACGACGACUUCCCUACUUUCCAGUUUUUCGUCAUUGCAAUGGCAAUCGCGGGAGGCUACCUAGUUCUCUCUCUACCUUUCUCCAUAGUGACCAUCAUUCGUCCCCAUGCUGUGGGAGCAAGGCUUCUUCUUAUCAUCCUUGACACCGUGUUUCUGACGCUGUCAGCUGCUAGCGGGGCUGCAUCAGCUGCCAUAGUAUACUUAGCACACAAUGGGAAUGAGGACUCCAAUUGGCUUGCCAUAUGCAACCAGUUCACUGAUUUUUGCCAGGCGACCAGUGGAGCGGUUGUGGCGUCGUUCGUUGCCGUGGUUUUCUUUGUGGUCUUGGUUAUCAUGUCUGCUCUGGCCCUCCAAAAACACUAGCUAUGGCCAUGAGAUUAUAUAUGGCUCGGGGCUUGAGUUGUAGAGUAGUAUAUAUAUUUGUGUCAGGUUUCUGUGAGUCUCUGGUCAAUCUGUGGAUCAAAUUGGUCGAUGUCCAAAUUAAAUAUUACGUCGUUUUCCGAAGGGUCGAUGUUUGGCGACCUUGAUUUUCGAGUC